UUCUGAAAAGCAGCUUUCUUUCUCUCCUUUUCACUCCCAGAUCCAGAAAUAAGUCAACAUGGAUGAGGUAGUGGAAACUCUAAGAAAGAUCGAGCAGAACUACAAGCUCUUCCAGCAGCAGCAGUUGACAUUUAUCAGAGCACUGAAACUCAGCCGGGUAGAAGCCAAUGAUGUGGUCAGACCUGUGUCAUCCAUUAGCCAGGUGCAGUGCUACAAGGACCACCACUGUUACAAUUCCAGAGACAGGCAUGUCCUCAACAUGUUCAUCUCCAUCUGCAACGAUCUCCGCAACCUCUGCCAGAAGCUGGAAAAGGUGCAUCCUGGGGACAGAGUGUCCAACGACCUUCUGGAGAAGUGCAAAGUGCUCCUUAAUGACAGCAACGACUUCACUGCCCUUCGAGCCACGUAG